AAAAAAAAUCCCCGGAUUGGACCGUAAACAAGAAGCAUGAGAGAGUGUGAGAGACAGAUUGAGGUUUGCGUGGAUGCUGAAGGUAUAAACGCGGAACACGACUCAGUUUCAGGGCGUUGAUGUUGGAGACAUCAUCCUAUAUGCUUCCCGGGGACACAAGAAGGAAUGCGCUCUGAAUUAUGCUUUGUGAGAGAGAAGAGAAAGAAGCACAAUAAACCACUCUGAGGAAUGUGGAAAGUCUGCACAAAAUUAAAACAUCAUCAUCCAAAGUCCAGCCUUCUUAGACUACAGUGGACAUUUCAAAUCUCCUUUUUUUUUGACCACCCGAGAGAGGCCUGAGGGAUUAAAUCACAUGCUCCAUCAAGAGUGAUCACAAACCAGACCUGCUGAGACCUCACUCUCCAGUGCUGUCCAGUCCUUGAAUGCUUUCUAGGAGCUUCGAUCAACUCAAACUUUCCAAAGAAGUUAGCUUAUCUCACUCGGAGGAGGCUCUGAAAAACGCCAGGAACAAUUCAUGUUUUUUCUACUGAGGGUCUGAAUAAGAGCCGGAGCCCACUGGAGGGUCUCAGAGACACUUUUUGGGACCCUUGACUUGAAGGAGAAGGUCGCUGCAGUAACAGAAGUGAUGGGCAACAAAAAUGCCACCCCGCCGAAAGGUCCUGGCACCGGAACUACACAGAAAGACGAAGAAGUGUGCUUAGACAGUGCCACAGGAAGUGUCUCAGGAGAUGGACCGCCGGGCCCCAGCCUGGAACUCCUGGCCUCGCUGCAGUCCCUCAGAGACAACAGUGACUACACACUGCUGCCACACUCCCUGCACCAGAUCGCAGAGGCCUACUCGCUCAAAGAGGACUACCAGUGGGCCAUUCAGUUUCUCCAGCUGGAGAAACUCUACCAUGAACGUCUGCUGUCCAACCUCGACACCCUGCAGGAGAACUGGGAAAGCCAGUUGAGGGAAAAGAAGAACACUGAAAGCAGUUUGCCUGAUGAGACGGACUCCAUCAGUCAGGAACACAUGGAGACUCUCGGCCAGAUCUGCAGGACACACCUCAGACCCUCCAUCAGUGUGGAACAGAACGAAGAAAAAAUAACCUGGACAGACAUUCAGAGCAACAAUGAGGCUCUACAAUCCGGCCAUAAAAACGUCAACAAGCCGGAAACAACACACCAGGAUGAGGAACAAGAUCACAGCGCAAAGAGCUCGGAUUCAGAACGUGCCUCACCACAGACCGGCCAUCAGGAAGAACGUCAGGAGGAGGAUGGAGGAGAAGAGAGGUACGAGGAAGGCCACAGAGUAGAUGAGGAGACGUGUGAGGAGACGCCAGAGGAGGAGGAGGUGAAGGUGGAGUGGCCGACAGGAGUUCCCCAGGCUUCAGAUCAGGACCUGGCCAAGCUGUCCAACACAGAGGGGAGUUCGGCUGCAGAUGGUCUGGUGUCCAUUCUGAAGAGGAGGAGAGCAUCUCUGGAUGGACUUCCUCCCCCCAGUGACAUCAUCACUAAACAGAACUCCAAACGUAAAGUUCGCUUCAGUGAGCCAGAGGACGGCAUUGAGCAAGAUGAGGUAGGAGGAGAUUCCUGCCUGAUCCUGCUGCUUCUGUGUCUGGUUACCGUGGUGAUCAGUAUAGGCGGGACAGCCCUGUACUGCACCCUGGUGGACACUUACUCCAACAUCUGCACCGACUUUGCUCAAAACGUGGACUUCUACCUCUUGAACAUACGGAAGUUCUUCGCAGGUCUGGGACACUGGCUUCCUCUCCGGACUUAGAACUUUUUGAUCUGCUCUCCAGACUCCUGCGCUGUGAUUUGACAGUUUAGGACAGAGAGGAGGGGGAUCUCUGAGCACGGCACUAAAAUGCCAGUUGAGUUUGAGUUCACUGUGACUGCAAACGUUCGUACAGGCAUUCAUUUGGUGCUGCCAUUCUGCGUGUUCAAAGCUAUGAUUUGAUCGACAAUGACUUGUGGGGUCUUUUAAAGACUAAUGCACCUGAGCUAUGAGUUUCAGAUUUAUGUUUAACUUAUGGAUGCUCAAAGCAACGCCAAAUAGUAAAAACUGUCAGAUUUCACAAGCCUGCAUGUUGUGAGGUGAGAAUUUGAAGAACCUCUUGUUUACUACUGUCUGUGUCGAUUUUCCAUCUUCAGCUGAACCUUGCAGACACCACACAGGAGGGCUAACAACACAUGUGGUUUGAACAGGAGUACGAGGUUAUCUGUGUUCUAGUGAUUCACCCAGAUUUGUAGCAAUCUUAGUUGUGUAUACGUUUGUAUUUUGUUCCAAAAGGCUUGUUGAUCUUGUCGUUUUUAUAUUUACAGAGAUGAGCUCUCGCUGAACUUUAAAAAUGUUAUUGACCCAAAUUAAGAUUUUCUUUCCUUUUAAAUCCAUGUCACCAUUAGCUUUUUCUCUGUUGGCCCAUCUCUGUUCAAUAAAUCAACUACAGGGCUGUACCUUCAUCAGACACAUUACACAGCAUGACUCUAAAGAUUUAUAUUGUUUUGAAAAUCACUGCUCACAGAUGAGCCUUCAUGAUCAUCUUGUUUACCUCAGUAUAAGUGGUUACUCAUUCCUCUGAUCUUCUAAAUAUGAGCGACAUGAGAUAAGAGGUACUGUACCUCACAGCAUCAAUGAGAAAAAGGUGUCAUUGAUGCUGCUAUGUACAUAGAUACAAGGACAGUGUGGCUCUUGGUAUUGAAAUACAAGUGAAACACUUAUUAGCACAAAAUAUAUUUCAGAGUUGUAUGAUCAACAGUAUCAAAAAUAUUUCAGGACAGCACACCAAAAAACUAAAUUUUUAUUGCCGCAGACGCUGCUGUACUGAAGCAGCCUGGCCUUUAAUCAGUCUUAAUAUAUGUCAGCUGUGAGUGACCCCCGUUGGUUUACCUGAAGCCACUGAAGAAGGGCCUUCGCCUGAAAACGUCUGUGGCAAUAAAAAGAAGUGGAAGUUUAAGAUUUUGCUGUGAUGUCCUGAAAUAUUUCAAACACAUUUUUUUGGUUGAGGAUUCAGCGCCCACAUAAGUUACUGAUGGUGAGUGCGUUUUUGUUUUCUUAUUUACUUUAUGAUCAACAGUAUGCCACACUGUACUUCAGCUCCACACACUCAGGCUCUGACCCUUUGUUUUUAUUCUGGGUGCUCAAUGCUGUCUACAUCUGGAUUAUGAUCAGACCUACCAUUUCCCUUUGACGUUGUACAAACACCUACAUCCUGAUGUUUAAACCCAAUGCAGAGAGAAGUUACAGAAUGGAUUAUUUAUGACAGCAGGUGAAGAAUAUCAGAAUAAAUAAAAUUGAAGAUCAACUAUUUUAAUGCUACAACAUUUUUUUUAAAUAUCUAUAUAUAUUCAUGAUAACCCUUAAGCACUUACUGAUCAACAGAGCCCUGUUUCCACCAAGCGGUCCACUUCAGUUAAGUCGGGUGCAGUACUCAUGUAUUUGCAUUUCCACUGUCAAAAGUUGGGAAUCAUACCAAAUAACUUGUCUGUAGCGUUUUUGCUACCCUUCUGUUGGAGUGCCAAGCGUACUGAGCCGACCCUAAAGGUUGCCUGCUAUGAUGUCACCCUAAUCUGUAGCUGAUGUGGCAAUCCCCAAUCUGGCUUACAUCCCACCUACCACUUAAGGAUACAGGAAUGGUUAAGGGUAUGGUUUGAUCUUGUAAUCAAGAUCAGGUUUUAUCGUACCAAUCCGUACUGAACCAUAGAGGACUGCUUGGUUGAAACGAGGUUUAGUUUACAUGUAAAGUUGUGACGCUUCUUUUAUCUCCAUUGGGGGAGAGAAAUAUACAAUGUUUUGUGUUCAGAGGUUAUGCUGUGUUUGUAUGAUUUUGUCCAAUAGCAGAGCGUUAUGGAACAACAGUUGUGUUUCCUGGCUGGGACAAGUAACACAACAUAACAUACUUAAUGAAACAGAGAUGAGUUCAGCAUGUUCCUUUUCCCCCCAUUGCCUUGUAUCGAUGCUUUUACAGAUUUUAGAAGAUGUGUAUUUCUCCUUCGGAACUUCUCAUGUUUGAAAAUUGAUGAAUGUUACUCCUGUCUUUCCACGGUGGAUAUUACAUCAUGCAAUCCACCUUUUUAUGUUUUAAUAUUUAUGUUCAGCUGUGUCCACAAGAGAAUACCAAAACAUAAAGGAAAACCUGCUGCCCUGUC